AUGCAACAGACCCAGAACUGUAAUGGUUUGGGCUGCAUUCACAGUUCUGGCAUCAUGAAUGGCUUCGAAAUUGUAAGCAUCUUCGUCUACGUGCUGGGUGGAGUGGUGGCUGCAAUAUUAGUCGUCAUAUACCUUCGCAUCUGCAAAAACAAAUUUUGCGCAAACAGCAGCAUGAAGAAGCGUGGCUACAAGAAGCGUAGCUACAAGAAGCGUAGCUACAAGAAGCGUGGCUACAAGAAGCGUGGCUACAAGAAGCGUGGCUACCAGAAGCGUGGCUACCAGAAGCGUACCACUGCGGUUUUGGUGUGCUCUCACCUUUGCCGUUCUGGCCGGACGACGGACAUUGAAAGCGGUUACGGUGGCAGCCAAUAUGGUGGCAGCUUUUACAACACUGUUGGCAAUGGUGGAGGAGAUUGUAACAGCGGUGGAGGUAGUGGCAGUGGGGGAGGGGGUUGUGACAGUGGGGGAGGUGGCUGUGGCCAGAGUGUCGAACCAGAAGUUUCAUCUGCUUUGUACGAUUACGACAUCUCGACUUUCCGUGUGGGGCCGCUUCAGUUCUCUGUAGAAUGUUAUAGACCUCUUUCACGGCAAACGCUACCAGGAGGUGUUCCAGGCAUUGACAUCCCAGGAACUUCCGGUUCAUAAAAAGUAUGAACAAACCCCACUCUAACACCACUGCUUAAAAUGUCAAUGAAACAUUUAACCUCCAAUUUUCCAGGUGAACGCCAAAAGAACGAAGAAGCGCGAGAUAUGUUAAAUAUAUUUGAAUAUUCGUGUGAAACAACUUGCUUCCUCCAGGACGUUAAGUUGACCAGCCGAGGGCCCUCGUUAAAUCUCCAACUUUGAUGUGCAUGUAGCAUUUAUGCUUUCUAGCACUGGUGACAUGAGCAUG